AUGCCUACUGUUAGCGUCGGCAGAGAUCGCCUCUUCCAAGCAAUAGGCCGCGAGUACACUCAAGAAGAGUUCGAAGAUUUGUGUUUCCAGUUCGGCAUUGAGCUUGAUGAUGUCACGACGGAAAAAGCAAUAAUCCGGAAAGAGAAGCACUUGGAAGAAGAAAAUCCGUCUGAGGAUGAGGAAUGGAUAUACAAGAUUGAAGUUCCGGCCAACAGAUAUGAUUUGCUUUGUCUUGAGGGUCUGGCACAAGCCCUCCGCAUAUUUAAUGGGGUUGAUCCAAUACCUACCUAUAGCGUGGCAAACAUCAGUAAAGAGUCUAUGCACAAAAUGCAUGUAAAACCAGAGACAUCAAAGAUUCGUCCAUACGUUGUGUGUGCUAUUUUAAAAGGUGUUUCGUUUGAUGAAGUUCGAUAUAAUAGCUUUAUUGAUCUUCAAGAUCGGCUUCAUCAGAAUAUCUGCCGGCGAAGAACCCUGGUAGCUAUUGGCACGCAUGACCUGGAUACGUUAGAAGGCCCUUUCACAUACGAGGCUUUGACACCUUCAGAAAUAAACUUUGUUCCGCUGAAGCAGACAAAGAGCUUCAGAGCUGAUGAGCUUAUGGAAUUUUACAAAUCGGAUCUGAAACUGAAGAAAUUCUUGCAUAUAAUUGAGGAUUCACCGGUAUACCCAGUCAUAUAUGACCGUAACAGAACUGUUUUGUCUUUGCCUCCAAUUAUUAAUGGUGCUCAUUCUGCCAUUACAUUGAAGACAAACAAUGUUUUCAUUGAAUGCACUGCAACGGAUUUGACAAAAGCCAAAAUUGUAUUGAACACAAUGGUAACCAUGUUUUCAGUGUACUGUGAAAGGAAAUUUGAGGUUGAGCCAGUAGAAGUAACAUAUGCUGAUGGAAAAUCUUUCAUAUACCCGGAUCUAUCACUUUACCAAAUGGUUGUGCCUUUAUCAUACAUUUCCAGUAUGGUUGGAGUCUCUUUGCCAGCAAACACGGUGGCCAGCUUGUUGAACAAAAUGCAAUUACAUGCUGAACACUCUGUAUCUGACGACAAGCAAACAAGUUUUAUUGUUUCUGUUCCUCCCACAAGAAGUGAUAUUCUCCAUCCAUGUGAUGUGGCUGAGGAUGUUGCAAUUGCUUUUGGUUACAAUGAAAUUCCCAAGGCAAAACUAGCAUCUCUGAAACCACAAUCUUUGAAUCAGCUCUGCGAGCUUAUUCGAAUGGAGAUUGCGAUGGUUGGUUACUCAGAGGUGUUGACCUGGAUUUUAUGCUCUUAUAAAGAAAAUUUCACCAUGCUCAACCGUAAAGACGACAAGGCAACAGCAGCAAUCAAUGGAAAUCCACGUUCUGCUGAUUUUGAAGUUGUCCGUACCAGUCUUAUGCCUGGCAUAUUGAAAACCAUUGGGCAUAAUAAAGACCACCCAAAACCAAUAAAGAUUUUUGAAGUGGGUGAUGUGGUGCUACUAGAUGACACAAAAGAUGUUGGUGCAUCGAAUCGCCGUCAUCUUGCGUCUUUGUAUUGUGGAGCUACUUCAGGAUUCGAGCUUAUACAUGGUCUUGUGGAUAGAAUCAUGGAAGUGGUGGGAACUUCAUUCGUAUCACCUGGGGAUGAAACUGGAUACUACAUACAAAGUUCAGAUGAGCCUGAGUUUCUUCCAGGCCGACAAGCUAGCAUCAUUUACAAAGGGAAGCAAAUAGGCACUUUUGGCAUUGUGCACCCACAGGUGUUAGAUAACUUCGAUAUUCCAGACCCAUGCUCCUACGUGGAAAUCAACAUUGAGAACUUCUUGUAG